UGGCAGUUACCUAACCGCCCAACUGCCCUGUUCCCAAGCUGGGGACUGACCUAUAAACUCCGGCAUGGGUUCGGGAAACAGAGACAAGCCCCGUGGGAGCAAAGGCAGUAAAGGGGCCUCGGAGAGACAAGGAUGUACGCAGCCUUGAUGGAUUUUCUUGACUUCAGCCUCGGGAGUACGGUUUUGGGAUAUAACCCUGUAGGCAAGAUCCACAAGGCUGCAAGAAAUGGAAAUGUAGCCCAAGUGAGACGUCUGCUCUAUCGGGGAAGUUAUAUCGAUGACGCAGACAAGAAGGACAGGACCCCUCUACAUUAUGCCUGUGCCUACGGCCAGCCAGAAGUGGUGACACUUCUAAUAAAGAUGAACUGCAGCCUUCAGCUCUGUGACAGUGACAGCAACACACCGCUGAUGAAGGCUAUAGAACACAAGCAAGAGGAGUGUGCAACAAUUCUUUUAGAAAAUGGUGCUGAUCCAAACAUUCAGAACAAAAAUGGUGCAACUCCUCUCCACUGGGCCGUCUUUUGUAGGAGCACUUCAAUGGCAGAAAAACUGCUUUCAUUUAAUGCAAAUAUUGAUGCCCAGAGCAAGUAUGGGGACACACCACUUUUACUUGCUCUACAGUACAACAAACUGCAAAUGGCAGAAUUUUUAAUCCAGAAGAAAGCAAAUAUACAUAUAGUUGACAAGGAAGGAAGAACAACUCUCAUGCUUGCUGUGAAACAUAAAGCAAAAAAUAUAGUCAAGCUGCUUCUUGAAGGUGGUAUUAAUGUCUCUGCUGAAGAUAAGUCUAGACAGACUGCAUUAUCUUACGCUAUUACUAGUGGUCAAAAUGCCAAUAAAAAACUAAUUCUUCAAUAUAUGAAAGAAGAAUCUAAAAUGUUCUUUAAUAGCUUGCCAGUGGGGGAGAGUUCUAAAGAUGGCCCAUUAACCAGGUUUCCCACUGAACCAGAUUCUGAUGAUUCUGAUGAUUCCUGUUCUCUGUUAGAGGAGGGCAACUGUCCAACUGAUACCAAGAAUGUCCCGAAAGAAAAAGAAUUAGAUGAAGCUUUUCAGCAACACAAGAAAGAGGAAGCAAAAUAUGGCUUUGGUAAAAAAGAAAGAAUCUUGUUUAACAACAUUGCUUUGAAUAGUCAAAAGGAAGACAUGGCAGAAACCACUCGGCGCAAACAGGACAGAUCUUGUUGUGGGAUCAAUACUGAGUGUUACACUACUACUUGCUUACCAGGAUGUGUUACGGGACCAUAUGCAGCUACAGAGUGUAUCUCUGAGACUAUUCCAGAGAAGUUUGUUUCUCCUAUAUUUGAUGAUGAACCUCAACAAGCAAAACCGAGAACAAAGGAACAUGCAAGAGUGUUUCAGGAGACAUAUAAUUUCUUGAAGCCUAAUAGGGAAAUGAAAGAUUGUCUUCCAGAUCAAGAAAUUGAUAUUCUUGAAUUAGUGGAACCAUAUUUAAUUGUGACAGUUGAGGAAAAACAAAGCAUGCUUCAUGGCCCUGAAGAUAGCCACACACAGGUUCAAGAAGGAAGAAAUAGUGAAAUAAAGGAGAUGGAAGCAUCACAACACAUAUACGAGGUUGUUAAAGACAUUUACAGUGAUGCAUUACGUUAUGAAAAUGAAAACAUUCAUCAUCAGCAGUUUUCUCCUGAGGAGAAUGAAGAGCAGGAUGGUACUGGUCCUGCCUUGCCCAUGGAGGUAGUAAAGGAAACUAAAACAGAGAAACGGGACUCCCGAGGGUCUGAUGCUCCACCUCGGACAGGGCCGGCCGACCCAACUCCCAUCCUUCCACAAACAAAGGAGGAUCGAAGCUUAAGUGAACUUGUUGAGGAUGAAGGAAGCAUAAUUGAAAAUGUAUCGUGUGCCCAGCCCACAGAGAAAACAUCUAAUGAGGAGGAGGGCAAGAUCAAAAACCAAGUACAUGUUAUAGAAGACCUUGAUGACUUAACACAGCCACCUGAAACAGCCUUACAGGAUUCUGAGGAGACAUACUUUAAUUUUCAGAAUAUUUGGGGGCUAAUUAAAGAAUUUAAAAUAUCACAUAAAGACCCCUUUAUCCUAUUGAAAAUUCAGGAUGCAGUUCAUACCUAUCAAAAAAUAAUAGAAUUGGAAGGAAAUGACUGUCUGCAGUGUUCUGUACUUGUUAAAAAUAUUGCAAGACUGAAAAGGAAGAUUUCUGGAGCAAAAAAGGAGCUAUCAGAACUAAGAACAGUGACACUGGAGUUGGAGCAGAGGAGAACAGUAUGGAAAGAACAACUCCACAACCUGAGAUGCAUGUUACAAGAAGAAGAGGAGAAGAGCAAAAAUUAUGAUCAGAUUUAUGAAAACGUUAAGGACCAGUUAAGAAAAGAAGAGGAGGAAUGUAAUGAACAAGUCGAAGUCAUAAAACAACUUGAAGUCUCUCUGAGGAUGUUAGAUACAGAAUUGAGAACUAUAAGAAAUAAGUUGAAUCAGGUUUCUACCAAUGAAACAGAGAGAGAGCUGUUGCACGAAUAUGUCAGAUUACAGGAUGAGAUCGCUUCGGUGAGACUGGAUAUUGACACCCUAAAAUAUCAAGAGGAAAAGGAAAAGAAGUAUCUUGAGGAUAUUGAAAUUUUAAGGGAAAAGCAUGAUGCUCUUCAAGGCACAGUCAAGCAGAAUGAGGAAAUAUUUAUAAAAACCACACACCAUUAUAAAGAACAGAUUCAUCUUCUGAAAGCUGAGCUUGCAAUGCAAAAUUUCAACCUGGAGAAUGAAGAAGAAAACACAGAAACUCUGGAAACAGAAGUCAAUUCGUGUCCUGUCAGACUGGUCGCUGCUCCACACCAUCCUGAUGAUAGUGAGAGAGCAGAAAGAGACCUGGGACUUGUUUUCCAGGGAGCAAGAAAUGAGGGUUUUGGUUCACAGGCCAAGGAGGAUUUUGAUACACCCAGUCUAACAGUUGGUUAUGAGCUUCUUCCCCAACAGCUUUCUAGGUCUGAGAUGAAAAUCGGUAGCCUAGAAAACGAGCUCCAUCAAACAGUAGAAGCUUUUAGAAAAGCGACUUUUGAUUUAAUACAAACACAAAGCCAGAUUGAGAAAAUGGAACACAGUGAUCAAGAUGAAAAAAGUCAAGGGAAUAAGUACACUAAAACCCAGGAAUGGAUAGAAAAGAGAUUUUCUCAACCACAACAUGAAUAUACAUUGCCUCAACAGAAAUUGCGUGACCUUUGCAACCAAGUUGAAAAUGAGGAAGAUAUACUCACUAAUAUCCAAGGCCAGUUUCACCAUAUGGUGAACAUGUUUCAAGCUCAGACUGAAAAUCACAAUUGCAAGGAGGAAAACAGGAACAUGGACUUGAUCAAUGAAUGCGACGAGUUCCGAGACGAGCUGUAUCCAUACGAAAAUAUGGAAGCAGAAAGAGAAGAAGCACAGUGUUACUCAUGUGGCAGGCCUCUGACAGGCCCAUUUUUUGGACUCCGCUCAGAUUCCCCAGAAUCACCAGGUCCAGAGGACGCCUUCCUAAGCUCGCAGCAUACAACCAGGAAACACGGGACGUCUCUCACACAUGAGGAUUCUAGCAGUGAUCACCCUUCCACCCCGACUCUGGAGACUGCCUACUUCCCAGUAGACUUGGGCCCAGGUAGCCAGGGUGACAAGGACACCUGCUGGCCCAGGAACGGCCAGUCGCUUCGGGAGCGCCUUCGGGGCGCUCUCGUGGUCCUGGUAGCUGAACCUUCACCUCCUGGAGUCACUUCUGCUACUCGUGGGGCGCUUUUCUGGAGUUACUCAGCCGAGCCCCGGUCCUUCUCACCCUGCCCCUCGCGCAUCCCGCUCGCUCCUGGUCCCGGGUCCCCGGCCUCCCCCGGCCGGCAGACCCCAGCAGGGGACGCAGGGGCCUGGGCUCUCAGGGAUCCUGACAUCUUGGCGGUGAUUCCUCACGGAGGAGCCCGGAGUCAUGGCUGGCUGCAACUUGGAGACGCUCUGGAGCUUGAGAAAGUGGUGGCGUCUGGGGAAGACCGAGGGUGCCCUCUGGCGAGGCCUGGCCACCAGCGGAGAAGGCUUGCCUUGCCAGGAGUAGGGGAAGGCUGCGGGGAGGGCGAGCGGAGGAGCCCAGGCGCCCUGAAGUUCGCCUUCCUCUCGGCCCCACGUGCGUACAAGUGUCCCUCUUCCUACCCCAGCCACGGGUCAUCCAGAUGUUCGCACCUCCCUCCCUGCGGAGGGCUCAGUGGGGAGUGGCUCCAGCCAGCAGGGGUUAUUGGCGGAGGGUGA